GUAGAGCAUCAACAUCAGAAGAGAGAGGGGGGAUCUUACGAAAGACCUUUUGAAUCGCAGCCUUGGUCGUUAAACGAUUGUUAUCAAUCAUUUUGAAGUUAACGGAUAAAUUAAAUAGGAUUUAAACAUGGCUUUAAGAGGACCACUGUGUCGUCUUCUACGGACGCAACUCAACAAUACCUGUCAGAGCAGAGCGCAUUCUAUGGCUGUUUUAGGAGCACCAUUCUCAAAAGGACAGAAAAGGGGAGGGGUGGAAAAUGGACCCAAAGCCAUCAGAGAUGCUGGUCUGAUCGAGAGACUUUCACAUCUGGAUUACCCAGUGCAUGACUUUGGAGACCUGAGCUUCCAGCAUCUGGAGAAGGACGAGCCCUACAUGCAUGUCCCCUUCCCUCGCACUGUGGGCAGAGCUAACAAACUGCUGUCAGGGGCCGUCAGCAACGCUGUGGGAGCCGGACACACUACCAUCAUGCUGGGAGGAGACCACAGCCUGGCCAUUGGUUCAGUGGAAGGCCACGCCCGGCAGUGUCCUGACCUGUGUCUGAUCUGGGUCGACGCCCACGCUGACAUAAACACGCCCUUCACCUCUCCCUCAGGCAACCUCCACGGACAGUCGGUGGCCUUCAUGCUCAAAGAGCUGCAGAACAAGAUGCCAGAGCUCCCAGGCUUCUCCUGGGUGAAGCCCUUCCUGUCGGCUAAAGACCUGGUCUACAUUGGCCUGAGAGACGUAGACCCGGGAGAGUACGACACCCUGAAGGACUUGGGUAUCCAGUACUUCACAAUGAGAGACAUCGACAGGCUCGGCAUCCAGAGAGUCAUGGAAGUCACUUUCGACCACCUCUUGUCAAGGAAGCAGCGGCCGAUCCAUCUGAGUUUUGACAUUGAUGCGAUGGACCCAUCUUUGGCCCCGGCCACAGGAACACCAGUAAACGGAGGUCUGACCUAUAGAGAAGGAAUCUGGAUCACAGAGGAGAUCCACAACACGGGGUUGUUGUCGGUGAUGGACCUUGUUGAGGUCAACCCAGAGCUGGGGGCGAGUCGUGAGGCGGUGGCGAGCACUGCUUCCAUGGCGGUGGACGUUAUCGCAUCCGCCCUAGGGCAGACCCGCGAGGGAGGUCCCAUCACUCAGGAUUCGCAAACGCUUAAAGAGGACACGGAACAGCUCCGGCUCUAGAACGCACAGCUUCUAGAACGCACAGCUUCUAGAACACACAGCUUCUAGAAGACUAAGAACUUUCAACAUGUGACCACUUGGCAUUCCUGAAUUCUAAAAGACUUUACAUAUUGGUUAUUAUAAGUUCAGUCGUGAUUGAAGUUUGACUGUCUGUUGGACAGGUUGCCAUACAGCACCAUACACACUGAAGACUUUCCAACUACUGCAUCAGUGUGUAUGGUGCUGUAUGGCAACCUGUCCAACAGACAGUCAAACUUCAAUCACGACUGAAAUAAUAAUAACCAAUAAGCCCCAAUUUUAAAGGCUCGUACACCUUAUUUACUAAGAUGACUUGAAAAACUUAGCCUGGGCCCAGAUCUGUGCUAUCAUAUCAUCUGUUUGGCAGGACAAGGAAUCACACAAACAGACCCAGGCUAUAGAAAGCCCUCAUCUAAAAUGUAAACUGUAAUUGAUGUGAUCAGCUGGUCUCCCUGGCCUUUGGAAAGACAGCCUCCCGAGCUCCACUAGGGAAAUGUUGACUGUAUUUGACUGUGAUCAGCUGUAUACCAUAGACAUAGUGAUCAGCUGGUAUACCAUAGACAUAGUGAUCAGCUGUAUACCAUAGACAUAGUGAUCAGCUGGUAUACCAUAGACAUAGUGAUCAGCUGGUAUACCAUAGACAUAGUGAUCAGCUGGUAUACCAUAGACAUAGUGAUCAGCUGGUAUACCAUAGACAUAGUGAUCAGCAGGUAUACCAUAGACAUAGUGAUCAGCAGGUAUACCAUAGACAUAGUGAUCAGCAGGUAUACCAUAGACAUAGUGAUCAGCAGGUAUACCAUAGACAUAGUGAUCAGCUGGUAUACCAUAGACAUAGUGAUCAGCUGGUAUACCAUAGACAUAGUGAUCAGCUGGUAUACCAUACACUUUAUUUAACCAGGCAAGUCAGUUCAGAACAAAUUCUUAUUUUCAAUGACGGCCUAGGAACAGUGGGUUAACUGCCUG